CGUGGGCAUGAAGCUACUCCCCUGCUCUGGUCCACAGCUAGUCCUGUCGUCCCCUCCUCUGGACACCUGCCCCUACUUGGAGCCUGGCCCAGGAGGGGCUUGGCAUAUAUAGGGAGCCUCUGUAGGAAGGGCUGGCCCCAGAGGUUUCUGGCAACGAAGGCAGCACCAUGGCUUCCGCAGCAGCAGAGGCAAAGAAGGGGUCUCCCGCUGUGGUGGGGCUGCUGGUCGUGGGCAACAUCAUCAUUCUGCUGUCAGGCCUGGCCCUGUUCGCCGAGACGGUGUGGGUGACAGCCGACCAGUACCGCGUGUACCCACUGCUGGGCGUCUCGGGCAAGGACGACGUCUUCGCUGGUGCCUGGAUCGCCAUCUUCUGUGGCUUCUCCUUCUUCGUGGUGGCCAGUUUUGGUGUGGGCGCCGCGCUCUGCCGCCGCCGAUCCAUGAUCCUCACGUACCUGGUCCUCAUGCUCAUCGUCUACAUCUUUGAGUGUGCCUCCUGCAUCACGUCCUACACCCACCGAGACUAUAUGGUGUCCAGCCCAUCGCUGAUCACCCAGCAGAUGCUGACCUUCUAUGGCACAGACUCAGCUCAGGGCCGGGAGCUGACCCGCCUAUGGGACCGCAUCAUGAUGGAGCAACAGUGCUGCGGCACAUCUGGCCCCAUGGACUGGGUGAACUUCACAUCGGCCUUCCGGGCGGCCACCCCGGAGGUGGUGUCCCCCUGGCCACCGCUGUGCUGUCGCAGGACGGGCAACUUCAUCCCCCUCAGUGAAGAAGGCUGCCGCCUGGGCCAUCUGGACUACCUGUUCACCAAGGGCUGCUUCGAGCACAUUGGCCAUGCCAUCGACAGCUACACGUGGGGCAUCUCGUGGUUUGGGUUUGCCAUCCUGAUGUGGACGCUCCCAGUGAUGCUGCUGGCCAUGUAUUUCUACACCACGCUGUGAGGAACAAGAGAAGGCCAAAGGCACACCUCAGCCUCCUCUCCACCCCCUUAUUUGCCCGGAGGCCUUGGGGGCCCUCACCUCUCCCUGUCCCAUCUCCCUCACCCUUCCCUCCUUCCAAGUCACAUUUCUUUGACCAGGUUUCUGAGCUCUCUUGGGACAUGGGGGUGUCCUGAAACCCUU